AUGGCUUGGAGUGGUUAUGAUGAAUUAGCUAACUGGCUCAAUUCAGCACGUUUAGUGAAUUGUUCACGUUUACUACCACCAUUAUUUUGUACAUGUCAAACUGGUUUAAAAGAAUACACCUGCGUACAUGCUUUAGGUUUACUAAUGUUGUGGGGUAGUCAUCUAGUACCACAAUUAAUUGGUAAUAGAAAAGGAAAAGGUAGACCAAAAGAGGUGAAAUUAGCACUAUCCAAAGAUUAA